GGCUGGCUGAUGAGCGACUUUGUGAAUUUAGGGUCUGUCUGUCAAUUUGGCGGGCUGUCCAUGGGCCAAGCGUCUUUCGCAGGUUUUUGGGCCCAAGCCUACUAAGUGCCAGGUCCAGCCCAUUAAGAUCCUAUAUCAAAGAUAGGGCACAAUUGUAGUAACCACCCUAAUUUCACAAAGUCUCUCAAUAACCAUGUGUGCUCCGCAGCCCUCCAACGAGUUUCCGCUGAUUUUUCGCAAGGAUGGUAAGACAUGUGUGUUUUGGGAUGUGGAGGAUUACCCAAUCCCAGCUGAUCUCCAUCCUCGUUCGAUCCGGCGGAGAAUCGUAAAGGAUGUGAAGAAAUAUGGUUGUGAUGCGGAGGUGUCGAUUCAUGCUUAUGCUAAUGAUAAUACGGUCUCGGUAACAAUGAGGCGUCAAUUUUCGGCUGCUGGAAUCAAAUUGGAAGUGUUCACCCAAGCAGGGGAUAAAUAUGCGAGACAUUGUUCCUUGUAUGGUGACAUUAUGCUGUGGUCACUGGAAAAUCCUCCACCAUCAAAUAUUAUUGUCAUCGCAAAAAUAAUCGAUGACGACUUGGCUGAUCGUAUUGGAUGUUUGACUACCGUCUGGUCAUAUGGGCUUCUCAUAUCCCAAGUUAAGCCAGAAUGGCUAGAACGGCUUUUUCCUGUUGGAAGCUAUCCCUCGUUUUUGGCAGCCAUAUUUGAUGGAGGAUUGCCGAAAUCAUCGAAAGCGAACAAGGAUCGCUUUCCUCUCGAUGAGUCCGACGACUAACUUUUGUGUCUAUGUUAUUGUUUUGUGCCUAUAGUUGAUAUCAAGUUUGGAUUGAAAUGUUUUUAGUAUUGUCUAUCUAUAAUAUUUAUGUGAUUUUGGACAUCGUUACUGUGAUUGAGUUUUUGAUUUGAAUCAAUCAUGAGUGACUAAGCGCAGGUGGUGGAAAUUGGAUAGGCGUUCAUUGAACAAUACAGACAAAGAUACAACUA